GUGAGUAAAACGAAUUGGCAUUGUUGAAUUUUUUUUUCCUGCUGUGUAUUAUGCGCCAAAAUUGUAUACUUAAUUUCAAUUUGAUUUAACUUUACGUUUGUCAUAUUGUUUUUAAUUACUUUCAUGUACCGCUAGUUUUUUUUUUUUAAAUUAAUUUGUAUGUUACGUUGUGUUAGUAGAUAGGAGCAUUGAGAAAAGCGUGUUAAAAAUGGAUGAGGAAAUAAAUGUUAAAAGCAAGGAAUCUCUUCUGCUAGAUGUAACAUUUCGUUGUGUUUUAGAAAAUAUUGUAAAUAAAGUUAGGUAAGUUGUAGAAUAUACCAUCCAUUUAUUUUGAAACACUGUGGAACCACGGUUUUAUUUAAAUUUAUGUCUGAUUUUGAACAUUACAGAAUUUGCUAAAUAUUUUGAGUCGCGGAUUUUCUGUAAAUAAUAUAUUAAUAUUGUAAAUUGGUAUUUUUCAACAUACACAUGUUCCUCUAUUUACCCUAAAGACAUCGAUAGGAAAUUCUGACUGGAUUAUGAGAAAAUCACGUUUGUGGGUGAAGAGCUGUAUUGACUUCAAAAUAAUAAUUGUGUCAAGGCUGAAUUGUAUCAAUAAGUGCUGAAAAGUUUACUGACAUUUUUGGGUACGUGUGCAAUAAUAACAUGUCUGUCGUGACGAAACUGCACAAAGCGUUCCAGAAGACAGUCGUGACGAGCAGCCUGGAUGAACUGAACUGGACAGUGCAAGAAGAGGAUGUGGGUGAUUCGAUGAAGAGGUUGGCGGCCCUCGUGAAGGGGGCGGGGCCAACCGGCUCCAGCGCGUGGCGGCCGCCAGGGAACGUGAAGGCACACAUGUGCUCCCUGGAUGCCCAGCAGAAGAUGAGGAGGUCCCUCGUUCUGGAGGAGGCUGUGUUGAAGAGAGAGGAGGACGUGGCUGACAAGCGGCAGCAGUUGGAGCAGGAAAUGGCCGCGCUGGCUUCGCAGCAGGCGUGCACCUUGCCGCGCCUAGAGUGCGUGCACGGGCAGGUAGCAGAACUGCGUGACUGCCUGCACGACUUGGAGGCAUGCCUGCUGAACUGUGUGCCGGUGCCCAGCGCACUCUCGUUGCUGCCAGACGUUCCGUAGCUACGUGCAUCUGUCCACCACCACUCUUAACUGUGAUCGUUCUGUUCGGGGUACAAACAAACUUUCUUCUUCUUCAAUCUUGAUUGUAGGCCUCUGUGGCCAGAGAUGCUGAACACUUGCCUUCUGGGUCGAGACCACGCGUGUAUAUUUGAUGGUUUGCCUUUUCAGCAUGCCUUGUUCAAGGGCGAUUGAGCUUUGACUUGUCCUUUGAGCUGAGCUAUGAUCAGCCCCUAUGUAUCACUGCGCCAGAACACCAGGCCUCAAAUGUUGAUCGCCUUUGAUGAAGGCUGCAAGGCAUGCCGCACCAUCAGGCACAUCGUCAUUCAGCCCAGAAGUCAAGAAGUAGUUUCUACUUCAGUGUCAGUGUGAUAGCUUUAAUUUUUGUAAUUUUUUAUCUGCCUAAGAUAAGCUUCAAGUAGAAAUCAGAUUGCUUUAUUUUAUAGUUGAAAUAAACUCUGAAUUAAGACAGAGGUUUUCGCAAAAGGAGUUGGUGGUGACUAGUGCUCAGGAAGCUGUUACGGGCAGACUUCAUGAGCUGCUUGGACAGCAACAGUGGAGCAGAGAAGCUGCCAGUGUCUAGACCUGGGACUGGCCGUCUUGCUCACAGCUGCCAUUUACCCACGGUAUCCAUGUGAUGACUAUUGUGCAGGUUUGUCAUCCAUUCAAAUUUCAUUUUAUUAUUUUGGGAAUGAACUGUUCUAAAAUAUUUAAUAUAUAUGUUAAAUAUGUAUUAAAUAAUUUGUACAGUGUAAUUUUAAAACAUCCUAUGCUUGUGUUAUAUACACAUUUAAGUCAUGUAAUAUAACAGUCGGGGUAAAAUGAGUUACAUACAAUUUUUAUAUACCUAGUCCCAGAAUAUUGUAUCAAAUAUUUUUUCUGAAAUUUUCAGUAAUGUUAGUACAAAGAUUUGAAAUGUUUGUAAAAAAAAUUAAAUAUAUCUUAAACAACACAUUUCAUUUAUCAACAAAUAAAUUCCUUCAAAAUACUUGACUUGUGCAACUUUUUACAACACGUAACUGAACAGACUUGAGACGUUGACUCAAACUGGGCAGCUCACUGGUAUGUGCUCUUGCACGAUACAGCUGUCAUUGGAAACUUUUCAUUUACCGUGUUUUAUCACAUAAUUGUCGCACAUUAUGCACUAAAAUAGAGUUUGAAAAGUGAGUGUAAUUUUUAUGCAAAAAAAAGUUAUUUUUGCUAUGUAAAAUUAUUCAUACAAAUAAAACUUAUUCAUGGAAAGUA